AUGAUAAAAUUUUUAAAUUUGUGUUUGUCGAUUCUUUUACUGAAUUACGUAACUUUAUACAUCAGUUCGGCAAAAACCAUAGAAAUUCCACAAACAAGAAGAAUUCUGAGAGGCUCUCAAGUCACCGAUACAAGGCCUUAUAUGGUAUACCUGCGUCCGGCUCCUUCGUCAGACCCUCAGACAGAUCCUAACUGGCUGUGCGGCGGAGUGAUCAUCCACGAGCGUUUUAUUCUCACUUCGGCCGCCUGCAUCGAAGAUGUUCAACAAUUCUACGUUGUCUCCGGAAUUCACACGUUAGUACCGUUUUCAGAUAAUACUAAUGAAUGCAUCAAAAACGGGGCAAAAAAGGCGGUUUGGAAAUGUGUUCCUAAAGAUUAUUUCUUUGAUGGCAAAGACUUCGACAACAUGCGCUGGAUGGCAAAUGACAUUGCCGUUGUCAAAGUUGAAGACGACUUCAACUUCCAGAAGAGAGUGAAAGGUUGCGAUUACGUCCCUAAGAUGAUAGCCUAUAAUAAUCAGAGUGAGGAGUUAGAGAAGCCCGGUACAGUCGCGUCCAUAGCCGGUUGGGGAUCAACGCAGAAGUUUAGCGAUGGUAGGGCAAUAGGAAGAACCAAUACGAAUUCUCCUUCCCUGCUAGAAACAGAUGUAGUUUUGAUCUCGAAGAAAAACUGCAAGAAGCGCUGGGAUCCGCGCUAUCAUAACGUCAUUGAAGAGCAUAUGAUAUGUGCGAAAGACAGCUUGGAUUCUGAAGCAAUGAGCAAUAUAUGUGCUGAGCAUCAUGUGAACUGUAAAGAAUUAGUAUAUUCAGACGAAGAAGAAGAGGAAGAAAACGAGAGCCCAUCUCGUAGAUUAAUGGCUGAUGCUGACCAAUUGGAGGUGCAUACCGCGGCUCAUUACAACGGCACGCGAAGAUCCAAAACGAUUUCUGGAGGAUUCUGCGAAAACGACCACGGGGGUCCUCUGGUAGUGGGACAGGGGAAGACCUCUGUGGUAAUCGGGGUGAUCUCCGCCUGCAUGACGAAAUACCUCACUAACACUUGCUACGGUCCGUUUCUCUACACCAGCGUCUGGAGGUACAGGCACCUCAUUGAAUGUUCUAUCAAUAAAGAAAUCGGGAGCACAUGUAGGAGACUCUUGAAGUCAACGAACACAAAGAUGGUAGAGACGAAAUUCGAGUGGAAGCCUGAAAAUGGACAAUUUAGAAGCAACGAAAGCCAAGUAGUACAACCAAAAUCGGAUUCAAUAGUUCGAUUGAAAUCAGCUGGCAAAAAGUCAAAAUCGAAACGCAAUCGAGAAAAAAUUUUAAGUCUAUGA